AGUGAAGUGAACUGAUCUGGAGUCUGUAUGCGCUGCUGUUCAUGAUGGUGCCGCUGGGGAGGAAUGAAGAGAGGACCCGAUACACAACAUUACAGAGGUCUCUAGCGUCUUUAUAGCACUGUCGUUUUGUCUUCGGGAUAUUAAUUAUGUUGACCGGACAGAAGCAGAUGAACUAAUGACUGGAGCUUCAAUACACAGCCGCAACAGAAGCAAGCACGAGGACACACGCCCAGGACUGAGCUCCUCCAUCAGGAUCAUGGGAGAGAAUGGCCCUCUCACGGUGACAGCCAUGCUCUUUGAGGACGAGGAAGAGGAUGUGGACAAACUGGGACAUGAGGAGGAAGAUGAGGACAAGAUGGCCGACUAUGACAAAGACGACGACAUAAUCUCGGGACCCUCGUCCUCCUCGGGGAGGGUCUACGAUCGCACCACCGUGCUCAUCGAGCAGGACCCCAUCCGCCUGGACGAGGAGGGCGAGGAGGACGGCAUGUCCUUCCUGCAGGAGGGAGAGUGUGAGGGGGACGAGGGCUCUCUGGCCUUCAUGGGGGACCCGGAUGGCAUGUCGCAGGGAUACAUACACCACACCAUCUCUGCGGACCAGAUACAGUUCAUAAUCAACCCGGGGUCCACCCCUAUGCCGCGAAACAUCGAGGGCGCUACGCUGACGCUACACUCCGAGUGCCCCGAGACCAAGCAGAGAGAGGUUAAGCGAUACCAGUGCAUGUUCGAGGGCUGUACGCGCACCUACAGCACGGCGGGAAACCUGCGCACGCAUCAGAAAACACACCGCGGUGAAUAUACGUUUGUGUGCAACCAGCAGGGCUGCGGCAAAGCCUUCCUCACGUCCUACAGCCUGAAGAUCCACGUCCGCGUCCACACGAAAGAGAAGCCCUUUGAGUGUGACGUGCAGGGCUGUGAGAAAGCCUUCAACACACUCUACAGACUGAAAGCACACCAGAGGCUGCACACUGGCAAGACAUUUAACUGUGAAUCAGAGGGAUGCACCAAGUACUUCACCACACUCAGUGACCUGAGGAAGCACAUCCGCACACACACGGGCGAAAAACCAUUCCGGUGUGAUCAUGACGGCUGUGGUAAGGCUUUCGCUGCUAGUCAUCACCUGAAAACACACGUACGGACACACACUGGAGAGAAGCCGUUUUUCUGUCCGAGCGAUGGCUGUGAGAAGACCUUCAGCUCUCAGUACAGCCUGAAGAGUCACAUUCGGGGUCAUGAUAAAGGUCCAGCGUUCACCAUGAGCAGUCACCCGCUGUCAGAGGAUGCGAAUCACUCGCUGUGCCUCAGUGAUUUGAGCCUCAUUUCCACAGACUCUGAGCUCCAGGAGAACCACAAUUCUCAGGGUUUGGAUCUGAACAGCGUCACCCCCAUACGAAUCUUUGAGCUGAUGUUCCAGAGUCCUGAGAACAGUGUCAGCCCGGACGACCCUAAACCCACAGAGAACCCAGCGGAGUCUUUUGGCCUUGAGCCGUCACCUCAGACAGCUGCUGUAGACGUGUCCACUCAGCCCCCUUCAUCCACCUCUUCCCCAUCCUGCUCCAUCACGAACCCUGAUGUGGAGGCUCAGACUCCGCCUACGACACGCCCCUCUCAGCAGGCCCCGCCCCCUCCCGCUGUCAGCAGCUCAUUACUGACCUCCAGUUUCCCCUGUGCUCCGCCCACCUCAUCACACUCACCCGAAGUGCCCGCUCCAUCUGCACCCUCAGUCACCCAGCACUACGUGACACUGACCUCUACGGCUCCACCGUCCUCCAGCACGCCGGCCGUGACCACUGAGGUGACGGCAGCAGUAACACACACGGUGCCUGUGGCUCCUCCUCCUCCUACGAUCACCAUCGCCCCCACACUCGGCCUGCAGCCCAGCAUCGUCAUGUCUGAUCAGAACCUGCAGUGGAUCCUCAGCAGUGCCGCCAGCGCACAGCAAAACUCUGAACAACAGGGCCCAAAAGUAGAGAAGGUCUUUUUUACAACAGCCAUUCCAGUCAGUGGACAUUCAGGGAACGCAGUGCAGCAGAUCGGUCUGAGUCUGCCGGUCAUCAUCAUAAAGCAGGAGGAGUCCUGUCAGUGUCAGUGUGCCUGCAGAGACUCGGCUAAAGACAAGAGCGCUGCUUCCUCGCUGGAGAAGCCGAAGAACACAUCACCUCCUCCUCCUCCUCCUCCUCCUGCUGCUGCGCCUCCUCCAGCUCCUCCUGCCCUCCCCGAAGAGCCUCCCUCCUGCUGCCCAUCCAAACAGAGCCCCGCUCAGACCCAGCAGGACAGCCUGGCCGCCCCGGUGACCCCCAACACCCCCAGCGAUGGCCUGGCCGGCAUAGAUGUCUCCGAUCUGCUCAGUCCAGACACCACAGCAAACAUAGAGGCUCUGCUGAUGGUGGCGGAUGAGUUCAGCAUGAGCGAUGGAGGCGGCAGCAGCGCCCCCUAGAGGCUCAGGCCUCGCUCUACAUCUGUACCGUGUACAGAUGGGUAUCUCACACACACCUGUACCUCUCUCCCCAGACCUGUGUGAUCAGGUCCCCAGUGAGUGGGUUUUGGUGCACUUUUAAGGGCGAGUAGCAGGUGGAGCAGUUUAGGGCACCAGGAGAAGUAGCUUAGUCGCUUCUCAAAAUGAUUUGAGUCUCUGUAGUGUGUUAACCCCGCUGUCUUGGUAGAUUAUUUCAGAGCUUGUUUAAAGAUCUAAAUCUGCUAAAUCUGAGAUUCUCCGUAUUAAACCAGAUGAGUUUGGGCCCGGCCACAUGCUGUGCUUGAGUUUAGACUUGAAACCCCCUGGAUUGAUUCACUGGUGUGUCUGAGACUUCAACACAAAGCCCUGCGUCACAGAUUGUGGCUAAUGAAGUCAUCUACGGAAACGUUGAAGUAUUUUAUGUCUAAUUUAUUAGAAAGGCUGCAGUGCUCGAAAUGAUAAUAAUAAUGUGAUUUGUUGAGAUUUUAUUUUACCGUUUGUCACUCUUGAUAAACUGCGGUCAACAUUUACCUGCCUUUUAAACGUAAUUUAGGAUUGUUUGGCUGCCUAUAACUUAGUAUUUAAUUUAUGUAUGUUAAUUUAUGAAAAUACUCAAUUGUUGGAUAAAUGUAACUCUUUUUCCCUACUUUUUACUAUAUAUUUCUAGAUUUUCCCCAAACUAAGUGAAUCUCACGAAACCCAUUUGGGUCAUAUUUCCCACAAUCAAAAAUAUAUAUAAAAUGGUCAUUUUUGCCUAAAGAAAAUUAACCCUAUUUUACUACUACUUUUUUGUAUUAUUAUUCAUGACAAUUUCAUUCUUCCAAUUUUCAUUAUAGUAAUGUAAAAAUAAUAUAAACAAUAAAUAAAUAUGAAUAUAUUAUUUAAACUGAAUUGAAUUUAGACUAUUUUAAUAUAUAUAUAUAUAUAUAUAUAUAUAUAUAUAUAUAUAUAUAUAUAUAUAUAUACAUUAAGAAUUAGGUGUUCAUUCCCAUAGCAAUGUUUUUUUUUCUUGUAACAUGAUUUACUAAUUUGUUUUAAUAAUAUAAUGGCCAUGAUUUAGUACGAGGAAUCAAAUUUACUGUAUCAUGGCCACAAUUUAUAAGUUCACUCCCUUAUUGUAGUAAAUUGUGGCUACUAUUUACUGAAUCAGUCCCUUGUUUUGGUUGAAUUGGUAUGUGGCCAUGACUUGUUAAAUCAGAGGGACAAAUUAGUAAAUUGUGGAAAUGAAUUAACAAGUCAUGGGAAGAAGUUCUUAAAGGGACAGUUCACACAAAAUAAAAAAUGCGGGGUGAACUACCCCUUUAAUUUGUAGCCACAAUAUAUAGUCUUUUCCUUUUUUUCCCCCUCUUGAAUUUUGGAUGAAAUAUGAUCACUCUUGAAUAUUCUGUGAUGAAAUCAGACACUUUAGCUGUUGUGAUAGGCAUGUGGUUGGGUUUCCUUUAGGGUUUUUUCCCCAUCAGAUGUCGCGGAUCUCUCUUCCCCUUCUUUUAUCAGUGUCUCCCUGCACUUUUUCUUUCGUGAACCCCGUUUCUAAACCCGCGUGAGUCUCUUGUGACCCGCUCAGGGAUACAGAAAAACAAGCAGCAGUAUAUUCUGAGAUGAUAAGUGUGUGUGUUUGUGUGUGACCAGAUAAGCAGACACGACUCAUCUGACCUGUUGUUUUGAACCUGCUUGUAGUGCACUACCCAGCCACGGUUCAGCCGAACCACUGCUGUAUAGAGGCUCUGAAGAGCUGACGACAUGUAAAUACAUAGUACCUUUGAGAUGAUACAUGUUUAAGCCUUUAGAUUGUAUUUGUAUUUUUGUAUAGAACUGUGGGUGUGAGAUGAGAUGAGAUGAGAGACGUGACUCUGCACUGCCUUUACUGUCACCUGUGCAUCUCUUAUGCAGUAUGUAGUUCUCCACAGAUCCUUGUGUUUCAGACUCAAGUAGGACAGGUAUCGCCUUACAUCUCAUGAUAGUCAUUUCAUUUCAGCGUGGACUAAACAUGAAGAAUUUGAAUCGGAUAGAUAUUACCGAGCGAGCCUUUUCCGAUCCUGUGCCAAAUGAAACGGUGGACUGACAGUGAUGCUUCAUUGCGCUGGUAGCUCUGUGUACAUCGCUCCUAAAAUCUUAAGCAGUUGCUUUAUUUAUCCACUACAUUUUCUUUUAAAUAUCUAUUAAUGGGACCUGUGCAAACCUAGUACUAGAACAUUAUCAUGCGAUCUGUCUGAACAACAGUUUUUCACUAAUAAAUGCACGCACUUUGGGGUCCAGCCAAUAUAAUGAUCAACCGUACCUUAAUAAUAAUAAUAAUAAUAAUGCACAAUCUUUCCGACCUUAUUGUUCUGUUUGAAUAUUUUGCGUAUGAGUUUGGACAAGUUACUUAACAUGAAAGAUUCAUUUUGACUGAAGGCAGUUAUUAAUCAUCACCUAUCUAAAAUAAGUAACUAUGCAAUGUCAGAGCAUAUAGAAAAAACUUCAAAUCACUCCAUCUGUACAUGUUCAUAAGCAAGAUAUCAUGUGUCAGCAUUCAGUGAUCAUUAGUUAUUAUUUAAAGAAAUGGCCGUAUUUCAAGUUUAAAGCCUUUUUUUUGGAUCACUUAAGUCUCAUUUAUUAAAAUGUUUGUUGUGUACAGUUAUGUUUGGCGUGAUGUAAUCAGUUUUGUUUUGUAUCUGGGCAUUGCAAUGUUAUAUAUGUAUAUUGUUUCCUGUUGAAAAUUAUUGCUGCUUCGAUGUAUUUUAUUUUAUUGACCCGUACCUAACAUGAAAAUCUUGCAUUUGUUUUAAUGUUAGAAAAAUACUGUUGAAAUAACUACUUGCUUGCCUGUCAACCCUUCUGCUUUCGUUCUUGCUCAAGGUUGUUUUUUCUUCUCCACCUUCAUCCGGUGCCAUCAUCAUCAUCAUGUUUUCAUUCACAUGGGUCUUUUUCAGCCAUUAACUUAUGAUUUAAUACAACAAAUUAGCUUAAUAAACAAUUGCUUUUGGUUCUUCUGGUUCAGGCUGGUGUUGGUCGAGUCUCAGAAGCUUGAGGUAAAGAGGAAACUAAUGCUUCCAUGAGGACUGCUUUUGAUACCCGAAGUGUGAGGAAACUGUAAAGAGCUGUAUUUUUGAAGAAUGUAUAAUGUGAAAUUUUUUCUCAUAUGCUUGUUUUGUACAAAGUAUUAUGGCAAAGUAAUAACUUUUUGAAUCAAAAAGCAAUACAAUACCAGUAAAAUCCUG